AUGUUGGUUGAGAGGAGAGUGAUAAUGAGCUGGCGGAGAGUUGGGAAGUCUCUGCAAGCCCUUGUAGCCCAUGCCCUUCUCUUCACUUUCACACUUUCCCUUGCUCUCAAGUUGCAGCUCUCCGUUUCUUACUCAUGGUGGGUUAUUUUUGCACCUUUGUGGCUAUUUCAUGCAGUCAUAGCUCGUGGCCGGUUUUCUUUACCGGCUCCAUUAAUGCCUCAUGAUCGCCACUGGGCACCAACACAUGCUAUAUUGGCAACGCCGUUGCUUCUUGCUUUUGAACUUCUCCUUUGCAUACACCUGGAAGGAAGUUAUGUUGUAGACUUGAAGAUUGUGUUCAUGCCAUUGAUAGCAUUUGAAAUGGCAAUUCUGAUUGAUAAUAUCAGGAUGUGUAGAGCUCUUAUGCCUGGGGAUGAAGAAAGCAUGAGUGAUGAACAAAUAUGGGAGACCCUUCCUCACUUCUGGGUUGCAAUAUCCAUGGUCUUCUUCAUUGCGGCAACAGCAUUCACUCUUCUGAAGUUAUGUGGUGAUGUGGCUGCUCUUGGUUGGUGGGAUUUGUUUAUAAAUUAUGGGAUUGCAGAGUGCUUUGCUUUUCUGGUCUGUACAAAGUGGUAUAAUCCAGCGAUUCAUGAUCAUUCUUACGUUGGAGGAUCUAGCUCGUCUUCAAUGGCUAUUGGGUACCUAGACUGGAAUAGGAGCUCAAUGUUUUCUUCAGAUGAAGAUACAAGUACUAGAAUAUGCAACCUGCAAGAUAUUGGUGGACAUUUUAUGAAAAUUCCUUUUCUUACCUUCCAGAUCAUGCUCUUUAUGCGGUUGGAGGGAACACCAGCUGGUGCCAGAAAUAUACCAGUUCCUUGUCUAUUUGCUCCCCUUUUCGUGCUACAAGGAGCUGGGGUGCUUUUUGCUGCUUAUAGAUUGGUUGAGAAAAUGGUGAUUUUACUAAGCAGUGGAGCUUUUCCUGGUACCUCCUUUACCCUCCUGUCAAAGGCUCGGGAAUUUCUUGGGUUCUUGCGACGUGGAUCUAGGUUACUUGGUUGGUGGUCAAUUGAUGAAGGAAGCAGAGAGGAGCAGGCUAGACUGUACCAUGAUAGCAGUUCUAGCUACAACACUUUCUCUCCAGACAUCGUCAGGAAGAUGCCCAAAUCUGAACUUGUUGACGAAAUAUGGAAACUACAAGCUGCACUUAGCGAGCAAACAGACAUAACAAAGUAUAGCCAGCAGGAAUUCGAGAGACUGCAGAAUGAAAAGAUUCUGUGUAGAAUUUGCUUUGAGGAACACAUUAAUGUGGUCAUACUUCCUUGUAGGCAUCAUGCACUCUGCAGCACAUGCUGCGAGAAGUGUAAGAAGUGUCCACUCUGUCGUGUGCCCAUAGAAGAGCGCAUGCCUGUAUAUGACGUGUAG